GUGGUCAUAUUUUACUCUUCAUUAGUUUAUUUUAAAAAAUAUAUCAAUUUUUUGUGAUACAAUUUCGUUUAUAAAUUCAAUUUGAAAAUAACUGCAGUACAGAUGGGAGAAAAAGCCGAGAUUAGUAAGACUAAGAACCAGGAAACAAAACAUAAGAUUAUAACGGACAUAGCCUUCCAGGAAGUCUUAGUUGAGAAACACUGCGUAUCAGAGGAAGAUUUUUGCUUCACCACAUUAAGCUUAUUACAUUUAUUCGUAUCACCGAUGUUGAGUAUUUGUAGAUAAUGUCUUUACAACUAUGCCAAAUAUUACUAACUAAAUCAUUGAUGACAUGCAAGUCCAGCGUUAUCUUGCCAUGUUCAGUGCUGUUCUUCUCUGGCUUGGUCUUCUUACGUUGAUUACAUGUAACACUGCGAAUAGGCAGUUCUUACAUGAAAAUGAUGAGUUUGUUGCCACCAAAAAUGUUGACAGUGAUACACUUUACUUUGAAAGCGCGAGAAAAGACAAAGGAUUAAAAGAGGCUGCUAAUAAUAAUUGCACAAUCUCUAUUGUGGAAUCAAUACCUCAGAACCUGACAUAUAAACCAGAUGAAUAUAUCCACCCCUCAACAUACUCUGGUCUGAAGGCCUUACUUGAAUUAGCAAAAGAGUCAGUUCAUAUUGCCUCUUAUUACUGGACUUUGAGAGGAAAGGAUGUCGAUUUCUAUGAUGAGACAGCUGAUGAAGGAGAAGAUAUUUUCAAUACUCUUAUGGAUCUAGGGAUGUCAAAAAAGAUUUCCAUAAAAAUUGUUCAGAAUGAAGAAAACAACGACACAGCCCUUUUAGCUGAGAAAGCCUUUGCAGAGGUACAGACAUUAAAUGUGACACGGUUGUUAAAUUCUGGAAUACUGCACACAAAGUUCUGGGUGAUCGAUGGUCAGCAUUUCUACAUAGGUAGCGCAAACCUUGACUGGCGGUCUCUCACACAGGUGAAGGAGUUAGGAGUUCUUGUAUGGAACUGUUCAUGCCUUGCGAAAGAUGUGGAAAAGCUGUUUGACGUCUACUGGUACCUUUCAAAGCCAGACUCUUCUAUUCCUCCUGUAUGGCCACCUAAUUACGCUACUUCCAUCAACAUGUCUAAUCCUGCUGUUGUUUCCCUUAAUAAUACAAAAGCAAGGAUAUACAUAUCGAGCUCUCCACCUCAGUUUUGUGCCCCAGGAAGAACAAAAGAUCUUGAAGCAAUUACCCAUGUCAUUGAACAAGCUGAGCUCUUCAUAAAUAUUGCUGUUAUGGACUACUUACCUGUUAGACUUUAUUCUGAUCCAGGAUAUUGGUCUACAAUUGAUGAUGCCCUACGACAGGCUGCCUCCAGUUCCCGUUUUAACAUCACUGUGAGACUUCUUGCAAGCAAGUGGAACCAUACUAUGCAUGACAUGUAUGCCUACCUCUGUUCUUUAGCAGUUUUACGAAGUGCACUUCGUAUUUCAGUGAAACUGUUCGAAGUUCCCGUGUACUCAGAAGAUCAAGAGAAAAUACCCUAUUCUCGUGUGAAUCACAACAAGUACAUGGUCACAGACAAGCAUGCUUAUAUAGGAACAUCCAACUGGGUAGGAGAUUACUUCAUCACUACAGCAGGUGUAGCCGUUGUGGUAGACCAGCCACAAUAUAACACCACACGGGGAAACUUGAGGAAACAGCUUGAGGAUGUCUUCAUGAGAGACUGGCAUUCCCCUUACAGCCAUUUUGUGAACUGCUCCCAUUGUCCUCACCUAGAGCAAGAUGGCCAUGCUGAGCUGUAGCUGCAUAGAGAGUGAUAAGCCUUGUCUGUCAGAAAACAUUUUUUUAAACUGUUUUUUCUUUGCCAUAUGAGACAUUCCAUCAGACAUGAGACAGAAUAAUGUGUGGACCUCCCUAGCAUUUGCUGUAAAAUUGCAAUGUACCGGCCACAUUAUAACACAACAUGUGUAUUCACCUGCAUUGUAAAAGAAAACAGUGCAUUGAAAAUGUAAGAAAUUGCUAUUAAAAAUGUGACUGAAUAAUAUUAAUAAGAUAUAAUCAUAGACUCAGGCAGCUAUGUAUAUAAAUUUAAGCCCAGGCUUGUCAAACGUAGUAUCACAAAGUUCACUUUUCUAAUGUUCAAGAUUAUAGUAGUACACAUAGUACACACAGCAAUAUGAUAGUAGCAUAAUCACAAUAGCAGAACAGCUUCCGCCAGGUUCUGUUCAGUGGUGCAGACGUCAUCAGCUGGACGAGGCAGCAGGAGGACGAGGUACACUUGAUUGAUGAGUCCAGGUUCGCACAAUGAUGGCAGAUAGCGAGUGACAAUGCUCUCCACUCGCAUGGUGACCCGACCUUGCAGCAGCAGUAGAUUCAGCUGCUCGAUUGACCACCGUGCUUACCAGACUUGGAUCCCAUCGAGUAGGUUGGCAACAUCCUGGGGCGUCAGCAGCUCACAAGCAGCAAACGUGGCCCAAGUGUUCCAGGUCUUGCAGCAGACCAUCUCCUAAGCAAUUCUAGUCACAUUUGUUAUUCUCCAUGAGAAAGAUACACUAAAUGAUUGGCACAAAUGGCGGCCACACACGAAUUUGGCUGUGUCAAAGUGCACUGACAGUUCCCAACUAAAGUGGGGUUGUAUGACUGCCCUUAUCUUGCAAUUGGUUUACAAAAGAAAUUAUGCUCACAUUUCAAUGUUAAAUGAUGGAAUUCAAAUACGUCACAACAGAAACAGUUACACUAGUUGGUUACACAAGUUUUCAAAUGCGGUAUUCACAGGAACACAAGUAAACGCUGACUGAAGUGCAAAUCAUGACGGAACUCUGUCGGCUCUGGUGCCGCUCACAAAGAAGUUUCUGGAUCGUUCCCAAGAUUACGAAGUGAAAACCUUUUUUUGUCCAGAACAGACCACUCUGGCAAAUUUAUUGUCACCCUUCUCACUUAACUACGUACUGGCCACAACUGCCCGUAGGUGGUCAAGCGUUUUCUUGCCUGCAUUUCGAAUACUUGUUUUCUACAAAAACAAGUCGCAAGUAGUAUGUUUAAAAAUACGUGGCUAUUCGGUAGCUACAUAUAAAAUAUAGUGAGCUAAGCAGAAUUACACAACAAAAUGUAAAAUGUUGGCAAUUGGUGGUAGUUUGCUGCAUUCACUGUUAGCCCAAGAAUAAUGAGAGAGUAAAUAUGUCCACAAGACAAAGUUUAGGACUUGAGGAGCGGAAUGCUUGGAAUUUAGGAGCGAACGGUUGUUUACUAAUGUGUGUUACUAAGGCGGAUGUCAGCAUUACGCAGGGAGUGUGGAGCUAAUGUCAAACUUUGUAAAGAUCAAUCAGUUCUACUGCCAAUAAGAAAGCCAUAAUUUUUAUGUCUCAUUUUUGAUUGCUGCGAAUAUACAAUAGAUUUCUAAUUCAGUUUUUUUUUCAACUGAGUGUUGUUCCUGUCACAUACAUUGAAAUAUACUUUUUCAUCCUUAUUUUAUUGACUGCUACCAGGAUCAGCAUUUAAAAGCUUAGCACGUUUUGUUAAUUUAUACUGGUGUUGCACUGUCAGUUGUAAAUGCUAAUGCUUCAGAUUAAUUAAAUUUGAGUUACCAUGAAUGAGAGAAAUACUUUUAUUUGCUUAUAGCUUACAUUGUAUGCUGCAUUUUAAGUGCAAGAUUUGUCACUUUUAUUGUGAACACCUCACACCAUGCCGUCCUUCUUGUGUGGAUGUACUGGUGGAUAGUGGGAGGGGGAAUGGCUUUGAUGCAGAAUGUUCUCAUCUUUUUAAUGCGAGACAUAUAAAUAUAUUGUAGCGCCUAAACUGCUGUUUGAUUAAACAUUUUAAAUGCUUUUUAACGA